AACUUAGACUACAACCAUGUAAAUAAUGACAAGGUAGUUGAAACCUUUUCUUAAAAAAAAAAGGUAGUUGAAAGUUUCCUAGUAGAAUGGAGGUAGUGCCAUCUUCAACUUGAUCAAGCACAUGCGUCAAUGGCUGCCACCACCACUGUUUCCUUCUCCUUCUUCUCCACACCCUCUCGCAGCUUCCAAUUCCAAACACCACCAUCACUCCACCGCACAAGGCUUUCUAUCUCAUGCCACUCUUCAUCACCACCCUCCAACCACCCUCUCCGCGUGGCCUUCGCCGGCGGCGGCACCGGCAGCAACAUCUACCCGGCGGUGGCAAUCGCGGAGGAGCUCAAAUCCCUGAACCCCACGUGCCAGUUUCUCUUCCUCGGCACCCCCAACAGCGUGGAAAGCGCCGCAAUCUCCUCCUCAGGCUACGACUUCGCCUCUGUCCCCGCACCACCCGACACCAACCCUUUCUUCUUCCCUCACCGUUUCUUCAACUCUCUUCUCCAAUGCCUCAGCCACCUCCGAGGCUUCCAACCCCACGUGCUCGUCAGCACCGGCGGCUACGUCUCUUUCCCCGCCUGCCUCGCCGCCAAGCUCCGAGGCACCGACGUUGUCAUCCACGAGCCCAACUCCGUCCCUGGCUUCUCCAACACGCUCCUCUCCCCCCUCGCCGACGCCAUAUUCGUUGCUUUCAACUCCACCCUCGACAGUUUUCCCAGGAACAAGUGUUUCGUGUGUGGCAACCCCGUUAGGUUCUCUAUCAGGAAUCUUGUCUCCAAGGAAACCGCCACCUGUCAUUUUUUUCCGGGUUUGGAUUGUGGAGGCAGGGUUUUGUUGGUGCUUGCUGGCUCCUAUGGCGCCAAUUCAGUUAACAUUGCGAUGCUGAAUUUGUACUAUCAGAUGCUGAGACGGGAUAGUGGUUUGUGUAUUAUAUGGCAAACUGGGGUUGAAGCCUUCGAUGAAAUGGAUAGCCUUGUCAAGAGUCAUCCACGCUUGUAUAUGACACCAUUCAUGCAAUGUAUGGAUUUGGCAUAUGCAGCAGCAGACUUGAUUGUUUCUAGAGCUGGUGCAAUGACUUGCUAUGAAAUAUUGGCAACUGGAAAACCAUCAAUCCUGAUACCUUCUCCAUAUUUCUCUGAGGGGAAUCAGUUCAGAAAUGCGUCCUUGAUGGCAGAUUUAGCUGGUGUGACUGUUAUAACUGAGGAUGAGCUAGAUUCGAGUACACUCGCCAUUGCAAUUGAAAAGAUUUUAAGGGACCAGAAGAAGAUGGAAGACAUGUCCGAGAGGGCUCUGAAAGCUGCAAACCCCAAUGCCUCAGCUGAGAUUGCAAAGCACAUUCUAUCUCUUGUAAAUGAAUCAACCACAAAGAAAAAAGAUGGCUACAGAGUAGAAUCUUAGCAUGGCGAUGGAAAUUGAAAUAAAUUCAUGCUUACAUUACAACUGUAAGUUUGUCUUGUGGGCCAAUAACACCGAUGGAAAUUCCAACUCCAAGAAGAAGUAUUCCACUGUUCUUGCAACGUGAUAGCAUAGUGUUAGGAAUGUGAUAUUUAUAAAGCUAACAAGUUUGUGAGCUCACACAUCACUGGCACUUUGGCGAGUAAGAGACCAAGCAUGGAGGCUUUAAUUGCUCGUGCAGGGUUGUGAUCUGAUGUGGGAGUGGUCCAUUUUUUCUUGUUUUAUUUAUUUGAUUUUGUGAACCGUGAUUCAUGGAGUGGUCUAUUUUUGGUGGUUCACAUGGAGACAUCCUUGUCACUAAGAAAAGUGUUAGAGUUUUCAUGAUGCCCUUGUCCUUGAUGCUGAAUAAUGUAAUGCAACGUAACAUUCAACACUCCAAGGUUCUCAAAACUCUGAGAAGAAAAUUAAACAAAUCUUUUCAUAA